AUGGCGUGCCAGAAGUACGAGCUGCACGAGUCCGUGCAGGCACCCACGCGUGUCAUCUGGGUCCCUUGGGGGAGAGUUUGGAAGGCGCUUCCAGACUUAAUGUGCUGUGGCGUUCACCUGAUCGGACCCCUUCCGCAUUCUUGCAUCAUCAAGCCUUAUCAAAGAGCUUCUAAUGAUAAUGGGGGUGGUCAGUGUUCCCUUUUGCCUUGUCCCCGAGCUGAGCCGUUUUGUUUUUUUCUUAGCUAUAAAAAGAAGGAUGGGGAGUGGUCCACAUCUCAGGGUCGCAUCAAGGAGUUGGAAGUCCUCUUCCAUCGAAGCGAAGCAGAACUCACUGCCACUCUGAGUGAGAAGCGCAGCCUGGAGGCUGAGGUGGCUGAUGCACGUGCCCAGCUGGCAAAGUCGGAGGACGCCCAUGCCGUAGCCAAGAAGCAGCUGGAGAAGGAGACCCUCCUGCGGGUGGACCUGGAGAAUCGCUGCCAGAGCCUCCAAGAGGAGCUCGACUUCAGGAAGAGCAUUUUUGAAGAGGAAGUGAGGGAGACCCAGAAGUGGCACGAGCGUCACUUGGUGGAGGUGGACAGCAGUCACCAGAAGGAGUAUGAGUCGAAAAUUGCCCAGGCCCUGGAAGACCUGCGGAGGCAGCAUGACGACCAGGUCCAGCUCUACAAGCUGGAAUUGGAGCAGACCUAUCAGGCCAAGCUGGAGAACGCCAAGCUCUGCUCGGAUCAGAACGAACGGGCGGCCAGUGCCGCUCGGGAAGAACUAAACGAGGCCCGCAUCCGGAUCGAAGCUCUCAGCUAUCAGCUCUCUGGGCUGCAGAAGCAGGUGAGCACUGCGGAAGAGCGGAUGCGGGACUUGGAGGAGCUGAUGGCUGGCGAACAGGAGAAGCUGCGGAAGAUGCUGGAUGCCAAAGAGCGGGAAAUGACGGAGAUGCGGGACCAGAUGCAGCAGCAACUAAUGGAGUACCAGGAGCUCCUGGAUGUCAAACUGGCCCUGGACAUGGAAAUCAGCGCUUACCGAAAGCUUUUGGAAGGGGAAGAGGAGAGGCUCAAGCUGUCUCCAAGCCCCCCGUCCCGCAUCACCGUCUCCCGAGCCACCUCCUCCAGCACCUCAGCUACUCGCUGUUCGCGGGGGAAGCGGAAGCGGGUGGAGGCCGAGGAGCUGUCAGGUAGCAUGUCCGGCGGGGUUGGACGCAGGAGCAGCACCAGCAGCUUCCGGGUUAGCCAGCAAGCCUCAGCCAAGGGGAGCAUCAGCAUUGAGGAGGUGGACCCGGAGGGGAAGUUUGUUCAGUUGAAGAACCAUUCUGACAAGGAUCAAUCUCUUGGAAACUGGAGGCUGAAGAGGAAGAUUGGAGAGGGAGAGGAGAUUGUGUACAAGUUUACUCCAAAGUACAUCCUCCGGGCCGGGCAGACGGUGACAAUCUGGGCUGCUGAGGCUGGGGUGGCACAUAGCCCACCCUCAGUCCUAGUCUGGAAGAACCAGGGCAGCUGGGGCACUGGAGACCAUAUCCACACGUGCCUGGUGAACUCUGAUGGAGAGGAGGUUGCUGUCAGAAGUCUGACCCAGUUGUCCGCUGCGCUGCAGGAGAACGAGGAGGAGGAGGAGGAGGCUGAGUUUGGGGAGGAAGAUCUCUUCCACCAGCAGGGGGAUCCCAGGACAACGUCCAGAGGAUGCGCCAUCAUGUGAAAGGAAGGAGCCCUCUUGGCUUUAUGUUUCUCUCCCUCCCUCUUUUCUUUUACCUGCAUUCAUGGAAAACUAUUUUUCUAGGUCUUCUAUGACUUAUUUUUACUUUGAGUGGAAUUGAGUUUUCAAACCCUUUUAAAAAGCCAGAAGCGAAUCAGCCAGAACUGCGCUGGUUGCCUGCUGCUGUUGCUUUUCAGCCACGAGCCAAGGGCAAGGAAUCCCCCGCCACGGGCAAGGAACAAGGGUUUGAAUCAGGGUUUGGACUCCGGAUCAGAGGCUUUGGGACUUGAGGGUGUUUCCAUGCUCUUCUGCUCUCUUGGCUUCCUGGAAUUGGGGCUAAAAAAAGUCACAGAAUUGGAAAUGGCAUCCAAGGAUUAUCUAGAUUUGUCCCCUCUGUUGCAGGAAAUCGGUUAGUCUCUAAUGAGAUGGGUGCCCAGCCUCUGCUUGAACAUCUCUGACAAAGAGAUCCCACCAGAAUUAGCAAGUGACCAGACCACUUGGAAGCCACUGCAGAAGGACGGGGGGCAAAGGUGAGUGCGCAGCGAAGUAGCCCAGAGUUACUCCAGGUCUCCUACAGGAUGGGCAGCAAGUAAUGUGUUGGGAUUUGAAACCACAUGAGCCCCCGAUGGAGGCGGGACACAUUUGCCAUGCUGCUUCUCAGGAUAACGUUGCUUAAGGAGGGUGUGUUGCGUAAGAAUGCUGACCUGCCGGCGGCUGCAUCGCCAUCAGUAUCUUGGUAUCAUCUUUCUUAAGUAUUGUGAAAAAAAGAACCCUUCCAUAACCAGUUAUCUGCUGGAAGAUCGUAGAAAUACCCUUGAAAUCCAAUCUUGUCAACGUUGUGUACUUUGGGAUUCUAAAGUAUUUUGAAUUACAGAAGCCAUUUCAGCUGGAAUUCUUACCACUAAGUGUUCGCUCUCAAAUGAAUGUGCCCCAACUUAAAUUAGCUCUCAUAGUCCAAAACAAAACCCUAAAAGUUACAUUACAUUUGUGUUUAGCUCUGAUCUUCCUCUUCAAAUGCUAGCCUUGAAGCUCACUGCCUUGGUUCUGUGUUUUAUUUUUUUUAAAUAAGAGCAUUAAAAAUUGGAAUCCUAAUGAAAAAAAUCUUGAGAAUUUCAGUGAGCUACAUUCCCAAGAGUUGGUAGAUAGUCCAUCACCUGAGACUCUGCCACAUCAAAUGUCUGAACUGCCAGGUGUCACCUUGGGCGCUCGCUCUUGCGGGACUGAGCGUGCGAAAGCCGCCUCUGAUCAUCAAGCUGUGAAACACGCAUCUUCCUAAAGGGACCCUUCAGGCAAGCCAGCUGUCCAGUGUCUCACUUGCUCUGAAGCCUAGAGGACUCGAAAGGGCCUUGGAAUCUCCACAAGGGGAACAUCCCAAAAUUCAUAGGAUGUAAACAGGGCUUCUGACCCUAAGUCCACUGGCUACUUCUAUGACAUCCCUGGGGCUUUAGCUCAAGGGUGUGUGGACAUUUUGGCAGCAGUAAGACAUGCUGUCAGAGAGAAAAUAUUUAACGAAGGGAUAGAUUGGGUAUCUGUCUGAGACAGUCGCUUAACUGUAGCAGGAUUGAGAAUGAGAAAUCAAACUUAAUAUGAAAAUAAUGUUUAAGGAGCCAACAUUCCAGAGAUAUUUUAAUGCUACAUAGUGUGUUAAUGACCAAUGUGAAUUAAUGUAAAAGUGUUUUAGAUUUAGAAGCUCUGAUCCACUUUUUAUGGAGCCACUAGUGUUAAAGCCCUGAAAAGGGAGCUUGAUAUUGGAUAAAUUUAAAUAAAUUGUUGUCUUCCUCCCCCGCCCCCCUUAGGUCAUAUUCCCACUCAGCUUGAAGGAGGGAGGCCGAACGGGUUGCUCAGAAGGAAGGGUCUGGGGUGGUUUGCCAAGGUCAUGCUCCUCGUGGUCUGCUCCUCUGACCCCAGGGCUCCGCCAGCGGCUGCCCCUCUGAGCUGGCCGGCGCCAGCUUUCCUGCGCCUGCCGUGUGUGGAGGCGCUGCUGGGUUAAGCAGGUGCUCAGCAGAGGAAUCCCGGAGCUGAAAUGGGUUCUGCCAGGGGCCCUUUGCGGAGUCCCACCCGCCAGGCUUUGUGCUGGAUUCUAGCAGCACCACUCUGGGCUGCAGUGAUGGCGGUGAUUCACCUGUGCCCUUGUUCAUCGAAACGUCACUCCAGCACCGUCUGGCUCAUAGACUGGAGUGGCUGCUUUUUGGGUGGCCAAGGGCCACUGGCCCAGGCCUGGGGCAGAGGAGGCUGGAAGGUUUGCCAGUCCAAAGUCAUUCCAGGUGUGCUGAGUCUAAGUUGGAGGCUUCGUGCGCCAACGUCUUCCGAUGGUUGUGGCCGCCCCCUCCCCCUCCUCAGACAGCAUCUUUGCAGAAGAAGGUUCCUAAGGAGAGCCUGCAGAAAAGGGGUUCUGCCAUCCCAGAACACAGAGCAGGCCAGGAGUGGAGGCCGUGUAAAUCCCCGCUGGGGGGAGAGAACUGCUGGGCCUUGGGCCUUUCCCCUCCUAGCUACUGGAGUUAAGGCUGACUUGCUGCUUUUGGCAGGAGGCUGCUGCAGAGCAUUGCCGAUGCCUUAGGUGCGCACAGAGUGUCAAGCCCCACAGCCUGGGUCCCUUAGUCGGCCAUCGUCACGGCCUUGGCUGCCGUGUCACCCCCUGCCGACCCCUCCGGCCUUCCAGCGUAUCUCCUCUUGUGAGUCUUAAGCCACCAGCCCGAUCUCCCGUCUUCGCCUGCCCAGGCCCUUCACUGGGAACUUGACCUCCACCUUAUUGGUCUCAAACCUCUAGUCGCUCACUGUACGGUCUGCAGGAGAGAGAAAGAAGGGAAGUGCAUCAUCUUUCAGACAGCCCCACCCGUGCACACGCACACCCCUUCCCCAGGGUGAAGUUCCUUUGGGGCACUAUUGGAUUGCCUCAGUCUUUCUGUGUGUGUCUUUUGCUCUGCGGCCUGGAAAGGCUUUCCUGCAGAGUGCCCCAGAGUAGAUGGAGGGCAACCAGGGUUAGCUGGGAGAUCCGUUCAGCACCUGAUCAGUGUUUGGUUGUCACUUGAGACCCACUGCUUUCUUCGCUCUGGGAAUAUGCCUUGCUUUGUACUUUAAACAAAAUGUGAUUUCUUUUAUAUUUUAAGCCCAUGUUUACACAUGACUAUUGAUGAAUCUUAACACCACUUUGAAAUGCUAAAGUUUAGUGAAUAAUUGUCAAAUGGAGUACCGAACACUGGAUAUUUGUGGGGUGGGCAUUUGGGACGCCCUCAGUUUCAUCUUUCCAUUGAUAGCCGUAACCACCUCAGCAUAUCCCCUAGCUGGCUUGCUCCUGGUGAACUCGACUCUAGAAGAAAAUACCCAGUUCUUCCACUGUUUGUUUCAGGCAUUUUGUGGGGUCCUUUUCCCCGCUGCCCUAAAUCCAGGGGAUAUUCCCUGGAAGGAAUAUUGAUAGCGCUUGGCUACCCCUGCAGAAUUACACUACGUUUUGCAAGCAAUGUCCUUUCUGACACCCAUGGCAGAGAGAGCAGCUUUGACUUUAUACAGGCCCAUUUCCUUAUUAGAACUCUAUUUUUGUAGCAGUGUGAUUUUUUACUUGGAAGUUUUGUUUCUGAAGAACGGGAGCAGCUGUGUUUAUGUGAAAGGAUCUGCUUCUCAGACGAGAACAGUGGUGCGGCACUUAACGUUAGCCGAUGCAUGGCUUUGGGAGGAAACUGGCCUACACUGUCGCAUUUCAGUGUCAUUUUUGGGUUCUUAUGGAUAUGCAUGCUCAGUGUCUGUCUUUUUCAGCAAUUUAUAAUAAUACAUUUUUUUGACCGGAAACCUUUUGUACGACACUCAAAUAAAUGUUUUGCAUUUUUA